AUGGGGGCCAAGGCGGCGCACCGGCGUGGGGUGCUGGACCUGGAGGCGCAGUUCGCCUUCUUCCGGUCGCAGCACCGGCACCCCGUGAACGCGGCGGCGCACGCGCUGCUCACCUGGCCCAUCCUCUUCACCAACCUCCUCAUCCUCCACUUCUUGCCGCUGCCGCUGCCCGUGCCCCCCGCGCUGGUCCUCACGCUCGCCUACGCCGCCGCCUACCUCGCCGUCGACCGCCGAGCCGGCGCGCUCGCGGGGGUGCUCUUCCUCGCCGCGUGGGCCGCCAGCCGCGCCCUCGCGGCCCGCCUCGGCUUCGCUCUCUCCUGGAAGCUCGUCCUCGCCACGCAGAAGAAGGGGCCGACUGUGAGUGAUCUUCCCGAGGUGUUCUUAAUGGAGCCGUUCCUCAUCUUCCUGCAGAUACUGAACAAGCUGUUCGGCUAUGAGCCGUACCCUGAGUUCUGCAAGAACGUGGACAGGAAGAUGGAAGCUGAUCUCAGGGAGAGCAGAGAGCUCAAGCAGAGGAAGACAACCUGA